AUCAAGGAUUACGAAAGCGUUUAUAUCGAACAUUCUGGAAUAUUUCGAACAUAAAAAUAAUUUAAUUUCGGGCAGUAUUUUGAAAUUUGCAAGAUAAAAAUGGAAGCCGGCGAUGGUUUCGACAUUAAUUCGACAGAAUUGUUAAAGAGAAAAGACAUUUCUUCGCUGGAUGGACGAUCGGAAGCGCCGACCGGCAGCCGUGGAAAUGCUUCGAGGCUAUUAAACGAAUUGAAACCCGAUUUUCAGUUUACGACGGAAAUGGAAGGGCCGGCGCAUCGUCCCACAUUUACGGUAACUAUUAAAAUCGAUAAUAAAGAAUUCACGGGCCAAGGUCAUUCUAAACAAAUGGCAAAACACGCAGCCACGGAGAAUGCAUUAGCCGCUUUCGGUUACGUUCGUAAUUCGACAGAUAUUCCUAAUAAGAACGUCGACUACUUUGACCGAGUUCGACUUCUCCGAAGCCAAACAGAUAAGAUGUCCUCCGAAUAUUCCGAGGAAAUGGAUUGGGUCGUAACCAACACCGAUUCGAAGGGGAGAAAUCCGGUUGCGCUAUUAUACGAACUUCAUCCGGAUUUAAAAUUUAAUUUAAUAGAAGAAAAGGAGUCGGUUAUUUUGGAGAGGUUCAGGAUGAGCGUCGAAAUUGCCGACACGAUAUUCCAAGGCUCCGGUCGAAGCAAAAAAUUAGCCAAAGCCGCGGCUGCCGAAUCGGCUUUGUACGCUUUGUACGGUAUCAAUUUUUCGAAAAAUAAUACGAAUCGGCAACCUUUGCCCGAGAAAUACGUACUCCUUUAUUCGGUGGCGAAUAGAAUAUGCGGCGGUAUUGGCGAAACCUUUCGAAAAGUAACGGGUUACUACGCCGAACGGAAUGUACUGGCCGGAAUCGCCAUGACCCGCGAUUCGGAGAUGGAAAUUAUUGCCGUAUGCGCCGGCACAAAAGACGAUGUUGGAAAAGACGUAAGUUUGGACGGUACGUCUUUGAACGAUUGUCACGCCGAAGUACUCGUACGAAGAUGUUUGACAAGUUUUCUCUAUUCACAAUUAGAAUCGAUGGCCACCGGACGGAAGAACCGUUCGAUCUUUAUCGAAUGCGACGGAACGCCCGCUUACCGACUCAAACCCGACGUAAAAUUUCAUCUUUACGUUAGCGAACCACCGUGUGGUGAUGCGAGAAUGUGUUUCCCCGAAGAGUUUAGUGGUCGAUCUUUACAGCGGGGCGCUUACGGAGUUUUGAGGUGGAAAAAUAAAUUCCAAAAGGAAUCUUUUUAUAUCGAAAGUAACGACGGAAUUCAAACGGUGGAAGUAAUAAAACGUAACAAACGGCAAUUUACCACCCUGUCGUGUUCCGAUAAAAUCGCCUCGUGGAACGUUUUGGGAAUUCAAGGCUCGCUGCUUAGUCAUUUUAUACAACCGAUAUAUCUGGAAAGUAUUAUUAUCGGAAGAGAAAUUUACCCCGGAUAUAUAUUCAGAGCUAUGUGGGGCCGUUUCGAGAAAUCGCUCCAGAUAUUGCCCGAACCUUAUCGUUUAAGAAAACCUAAAAUAUGCUGGGUGAAAGAGCCCGAAUACUACCACUCCUCCAAUCUUCCGGAUUCCGUCGUUAAUUGGUCGGUCGAAUUUAAAACACCGGAAAUUAUAAAUCCAAGUACGGGCAAAUUACCGGGUGGAAACAUUUCCAGAUUGAGUAAGGCGGCACUCUUUUAUCGCUUUCGGAAUUUAUGCGACAGAGUUCCGAAUGUGUCCGAUGGACGGUCGAAUGGAAACCCCGAGUCGUAUUUGGAUUGGAAACGAUCUUCCCUCGAUCAUCAAGCAGCGAAAAAGAUUUUGAAAGAAGCGUUUCAAAAUGCGGGUUUAGGAACGUGGGUGACCAAACGUUCCCAUCCGGACGAUUUCGUCUUGUCAUUUUAAAGGAACUUUUACCAAAUACCGUAUUUUUUCAUUUACAUUUAUGAAUGUUGUUCUUUUUCUUCGAAAUUGAAUUUACGAAUUAAAGUUGUUCAAAACAUUUUA